CAAUAAUGGAUCAAAGCUGUGUAACAGAACUUCCUUCAAGUCUUGUUCCCACACACAGGAUUUCUGGAGAAUAUUGGACAUGCUGCAACCAGUAGAAUUGGACAGAUAGAUCUGCAGCCUAGAUUUGCAGUGUUGCUGGCUUUCCAGGUUUUCAUAACAAAACACAGAAAAGCAGCAGGACCAUGAAUUAGGAAGCUACAUUUCAGAAGGAUGAGCUCAUCUGUUUCACGAGAGCUGCAGUGUCCGCAGGUAUUUGGCCGGUCCAUAUCUCAGGAAUCUGUGGAGAGCUCCUCGAUGGAGGACUUUUGGAGUGAAGUGAGGAGCAUUAAGGAGAGCAGUCAGAAUGGACAAGAGGAACAGAACCUAGUGGAAGCCAAGACACCUGAUGAGGGAGAAAUGGAAGCGGAGUGGCUGCAGGAGGUAGGCCUGUCCACCCUUGUCUCGGGUUCCGCUGGAGAGGAUGGGAUGGCUCUGCUGUCCACACUGACCCGAGCUCAGGCUGCAGCCGUCCAGCGGCGACUAGACACUUACACCCAAACCACUCGGAGAAAGAACAAGCAGCCAGUCCGAGACGUUCGAGAUGUGUUUGGUCUUACGGACUCUCCAGCUAGAAUUGAGUUGAUGACACCUGAGGUAUCGCCUACUUCCAAUGGUGUACAACAGUCCGAAGAAAAGACUCUGUGGGAUCAGACAAAAGAGAAUAACAAAAUUGGUCAAAUAGAAAGCCAGCAAAACAGCCCAGAAAUAACAGAGGACCUGAACUGGAACAUCCCCUAUUCUGAGUCUCUGACAGCAGCUCAGAAGGAACAGCGGUGUAGAAACAACUUUACAAAGAGGCCCAGCAGCACGACAUUACCUAAAUUUACUAUUCCGAAAGACAGGCUGGGGUUAACACGAAUUGGAGAUCUAUCCUGUCAGGAUAUGAAAAAGAUCCAUAACCUCGCUCUAAUAGAGAUAACGACAUUCUACGAUGCACUAGGAAUAGAACUGAAGAGGAACAGGACUCUGAGGGUCAAAGCAAAGGAAACUGGUCCCUUUGGCGUCCCCCUCACAACACUGCUUGAAAACGAUCAAAAGAAAGUUCCGGGAACAAAAAUUCCUCUCAUCUUUCAAAAACUUUUGUCAAGAAUGGAGCAAACUGGUUUGGAUGCUGAGGGAAUUCUCCGAGUACCGGGGUCUGCCUCACGAGUGAAGAAUUAUCGACAAGAGUUGGAGGCAAGAUUUUACAAUGACACCUUUGACUGGGACCAAGUCCAUCAUAAUGAUGUAGCGUGCCUGCUGAAGACUUUCAUCAGAGAACUGCCCUAUCCUUUACUCACUGCGGAGUACCUUCCAGCAUUUGUCGCUGUGCAAAAUAUCUCACCGACCAAGUUGCAGUUACAAGCUCUACACCUUAUCAUCAUGCUACUGCCUGACCCCAACAGAGACACUGUCAAGGCUCUCUUGGAAUAUCUCAGCAAAGUCGUAGCAAAUGAGGCCAAAAACAGAAUGAGCCUGUGGAACGUCUCCAUGAUUGUCGCACCAAACCUCUUCAUGUGCAAAGGGAGAAGUGGGAACCACCAAGAGGCAGAGGCAGCCACCAAAGCUGCCAACAUCGUACAACUACUCAUCAAAUACCAGGACAUCCUGUGGACUAUUCCAUCCUUUAUGAUUGCCCAGGUGCGGAAGAUGAACGAAAGCGAGAACAGAAGACGGACAAAAGUGACGUGGCUGACAAGUCCUUCAUUUUUUUUCCCUCCUGCCUUCAGGGGAAAUGGGUCUCCCCCACUCUGUCCCUCUCCCCGAGGGCGCAACCGAAACCAGGAGCCUGCCUUGUGGGAGAUCCCAGGUGUGAACUUGUGUCCUACCACUUUGGGGCACAGUUUAAAGUCGGACAUACCAGAGGGAGUUAUUCGCGUUUAUGCCACUCAGCUUUCAAAGGUUUCAAUGGCCAUUCAGCUGGACAAUGAGACAAAAGCCAGUGAUAUUCUCGCUCGAUUUCACUGUGAAAACAGUACGAGCUCUGCAGUUCCCCUUAAUGGACAGGGCCACUACCUGUUUGAAAUUGGUGGAAAUAUAGGAGAGCGCUGUCUGGACCUCAGCACAUACAUUCUAGACUUGUACCAUUUAAAUCCCAAUGCAACAUGGGUCAUUAAACCCAGAACAUUGUGAGAUUACUUGUUGCAGAGUGAUGGGCCAUAAAAUAAUCUAGGAGCAGUCUUGGUGAAUAUAACUGCGGGGACCCCUGAGAAU